GCCAUGGGUCUGUCUGAUGUGGCCCAUGUGGAGAGUAUCCAGGAAAAGUCCCAGUGCGCUCUCGAGGAGUAUGUGCGGAACCAAUACCCCAAUCAACCCAACCGAUUCGGCCGCCUGUUGUUACGGCUGCCCUCCCUGCGCAUCGUGUCUUCUCCUGUUAUCGAACAGCUGUUCUUCGUGCGACUGGUAGGCAAAACGCCCAUCGAGACCCUGCUGCGGGACAUGCUGCUUUCCGGCUCCAGCUACAACUGGCCUUACAUGCCCGUCCAGAGAGACCGGCCCAUUUCACUCCAUUACAAUGAGAACGGGCCCUGAUCCUGCCCCCAUAAUCCAUAUCACACCCCCGCCGCCAUGGGGUCAUGGCCGAUACAGAGAAUCUGUCAGCAAGCCACGCCCCUUUCUGCCACAUCAUCACCUGCUCACUUACCUGAAGCACCAGCCGUUUGUUCCGUCAAGGGGAAUGGACCACAGCACUCAUAUAGACACCGAACUGUUUCCUACAGAGGUUUUCUAUGAAUGAGGACUGAACGAGAACGUCCAUUCCUGAUUUUGACUCAACCAGAAGCCAUUAAAGCUGAUGCCAAAACUUUACUAGAACAGCUAUUAGAUGGACCUCGAAAACCACUUGUAUUAACGGGAGAGUCAAGAUUCUGUCUGUUUAGUUGGGGGUUUGUAUUUCGCCCCAAAUACAACCGAGAGAAAGGCAUGACUCUUGCAGGACUCAUUGGAGAGAAAGCCAUUGCCAAAGUAGGACAGGCAACUGAACUCUCGGGAGCAUUUUGUGGAAUUGAUGACUGAGGUGAAAUUUCGUUUGUCUUGUUGAUUUUUGCGUUUAGGUCUCUGAUGAAGUGGGAAGACUUGAAAGAGGCACUUGAAACCAGCCAGAUAACCCUCACUUUCCGUGCUUUUCUCAGCUGCAUCCAAAUAAUCAGCACAUCUAGACAGAAUGUUGCCGUGUCAAGCACAACAUGCAUCUUGUUAAAUACAGGUGUUUAUCUCCUGUAGCUUCAAGAAAAACACUAGGGUAAAAUAGGGUAUUCUGGGACAUUUGGGAACGUCGGGAAAGCUCCGAUGUGUCCAAGCCAACAAAGUCUAUGCUAACUGUACCAUAUUCUAACUGGGCUGUCAUAGGAUGAAGUCUUGUUUGAUUGUGUAAAGUGUUGAGGUGGCAGUCAAACAUGCAAAAAUGACCCAGAUUACCCUAAUUCACCCGACAAACUCAAGACCUCAAUUAUGCCAAUAGUCUGCCUUUGAUGACCAGGUAUAUUGUGUAGCAUACUGUAGGUUUCAUCAAGUAUUUUUGUUACUUUCUUGCUCGU